GUUUACUGUUUAAACCGAGUGCGGUGCAGAUCAUUGCCCUCCCAAAAAACACCAAAAAUUUUCUCUCUCUAAAGCUUUCUAUUCUAUCCCAAAUUAUCCCCAAUUUUACCUACCCGAAACCCAAAAAAAGUUACCUGUUUUUCACUCCCAGCCUUUGCUUUUUUCUCUGUCAAUUCUCUCGAAUUAAUAACGACGAGAAGUAUAAAGUAAAAUCGAUAAUCUACCUGAAAUUCAAGUAAUGGCGCAGGUGCAACAUCCGAAUUCGGCAGCGCCGACCCCCAAUGGAGUCGCGGCGGCGUCUGGUGGUACCGCCCCGGAAGGACAGUUUCAGGCGACAUCUCUCUAUGUCGGGGACUUGGAUUUCAACGUAACGGACUCGCAGCUUUACGAUCUGUUCAAUUCGGUUGGGCAGGUUGUUUCGGUUAGGGUUUGCCGCGAUACUGGCUCUCACCGCAGUCUUGGCUAUGGUUAUGUCAACUAUAGCAACCCCCAGGAUGCUGCAAGAGCUUUGGAAUUAUUGAACUUCACCCCUCUCAAUAGCAAGCCAAUCCGCGUCAUGUAUUCUCACCGAGACCCAAGUGUUAGAAAAAGUGGAAUGGCCAAUAUCUUUAUCAAGAAUUUGGACAAAUCCAUUGAUAACAAAGCACUGCAUGACACUUUCUCUAGUUUUGGGAACAUCCUUUCGUGCAAGAUAGCAACAGACACCCAUGGUCAAUCUAAGGGUUAUGGAUUUGUGCAAUUUGAUACUGAAGAAGCCGCACAAAGUGCUAUCGAUAAGUUAAAUGGUAUGCUCAUAAAUGAUAAGCAAGUCUAUGUUGGGCAUUUCCAACGUAAGCAAGAGAGGACUACUACCCAGGAAAAUGCCAAGUUCAACAACGUGUUUGUGAAAAAUCUAGCUGAGUCCGCUACAGAUGAUGAUCUAAAAACAACUUUUGGUGAAUACGGUGUAAUCACUAGUGCAGUAGUGAUGAGGGAUGCUGAUGGAAAGUCGAGAUGUUUUGGAUUUGUCAAUUUUGAGCAGGCUGAUGAUGCUGCCAAGGCUGUUGAAGCUCUUAAUGGAAAGAAAUUUGAUGACAAGGAAUGGUAUGUUGGGAAAGCCCAGAAGAAGUCGGAGAGAGAGCAGGAACUUAAAAGUCGGUUUGAGCAGACUACCAGAGAAACUGUUGACAAAUUUCCUGGAGUUAAUUUAUAUGUUAAAAACAUAGAUGAUAGCAUUGAUGAUGACAAACUGAGAGAACUAUUUUCAGGUUUUGGUACCAUCACCUCUUGUAAGGUUAUGCGUGAUCCUAGUGGGAUAAGCAGAGGUUCUGGAUUUGUUGCCUUUUCAACACCAGAAGAAGCUUCCCGAGCUCUUGCUGAAAUGAAUGGGAAAAUUUUAAUUAGCAAGCCUCUUUAUGUUGCCUUGGCACAGCGCAAGGAAGACAGGAGAGCCAAAUUACAGGCCCAAUAUUUGCAAAUGAGGCCUGUAGCAAUGCCACCUUCUAUGGCUCCUCGUAUGCCUAUGUAUGCUCCUGGUGCACCUGGUAUGGGGCAGCAGCUAUUUUAUGGGCAAGCCCCUGCUAUUAUUCCUCCUCAGGCUGGCUUUGGUUAUCAGCAGCAGCUUGUUCCUGGACUACGUCCUGGGGGUGCUCCCGUGCCAUAUUCCUUUGUGCCACUAGUCCAACAGGGUCAGCAGGGCCAACGACCAGGUGGCAGACGAGGAGGUCCAGGGCAACAAAAUCAGCAACCUGUGCCAAUGAUGCAACAGCAGAUGAUACCAAGGGCAAGGAUGUAUAGGUACCCUGCUGGUCGUAAUGUGCCAGAUGCACCCAUUCCUGGUGUUGCUGGUGGAGUGCUUCCUGUUCCAUAUGACAUGGCUGGCAUACUUCCUCGCGAUGCUGCUAUUCCACAGCCUAUACCAAUUUCUGCUUUGGCUUCUUCCCUUGCAAAUGCAACACCUGAACAACAGAGGACGAUGUUGGGUGAGAACUUGUACCCACUUGUUGAUCAACUUGAGCACGAGCAUGCUGCGAAGGUUACAGGGAUGCUUCUGGAGAUGGACAAGACCGAGGUUCUUCAUUUGCUUGAGUCGCCUGAUGCUUUGAAAUCAAAGGUCUCCGAGGCAAUGGAUGUCCUGAGGAAUGUUCAGCAGGCUGGCGGCCCUGCCGACCAACUUGCUUCAUUGUCGCUCAACGACAACCUUGUUUCUUAAAAAUGAUGGUCUGAACCAACGUUUUGCUAGUGAAGGGUUUUAAAAUCUAGGAUUUUUGGAUUUGUGAUACUUUGCCUUUUGGUUUCCGAUUCCUUUUCUAUAACUUAAAAUAAUCUGUUCUGGGAUUUAAUUAGGUUAUUUGGAAGUUGAAUUUUAGUGUGAUUGCACUUUUCUAUCUAGUCGCACUUAAUUCUUAUUA